CGGGCAAGCGCCUGUCAAGACAGGCCACGGCGGCGUCGGUCCCUACAGCUACGGUGGAGGCCACAGUGGCCACGGCUAUGGCGGAGGCGGAGGGCCUGGGGACGGUGACCACGGCUACAGCAGCUCAGGCUACAGCAGUUCUGGGGGCUCAGCCUCCGGGUACGCUCAUCACCCGCCAGAGACCAUCGACAAGGGAAUGGCGCUCAAAGACCUGUUUGAGGUGGCUCUGACGGCUCUCGCAUUCAAAUCCUUCGGUCUCUUCUGUAUCAACGUCAUCAUGUGCAUCAGCGGAGGGUAUGGAACAAUGCCGACGACCACGGCGACCGAGGAUGUCGGGAGACAGCGUUCUCGGCGCACGGCGUCUUCGUACCCGCUCGCAUCCGCAGAGGCGCUGAACGCCAUGUCGCUGCACGUGCUGAGGUCCGUCGAAGUGUUCGUCGCCCACGACGACGACGACGACGACCAGUGCCUGCGACAGACGCUCUGCGAAAUCAACCGAUUCUCCAGGCGCCUGGAAGGCACUGACCGCGUCUGGUUGCCGGUCUGGAGUCUGGGUCUGAGCUGGGUUGCUGGACGAUUUACGACAGCAGAGCACGCGUCAUCGGCCAUGUUGGAUUAUCUUCGAGCAUCCGUCACAGGCCUGGGCAAUUCCAAGUGCGAGGUCAUUUAUCCGCGAUGUUCGAUCCAAGAGGUCUCGAAAUUUAGGGCGGACAGAAGACAACAUCGCGGGGACAGGGGGGAGCUAUAGGAGUUUCAAUCACGAAUUCUGAGCAAUUAACUUCUUCAA